GUAUGGCUAUAUAUAUACUCGAAAGAAUUAAUGAAACAAAGAAGUUUGAACUACUUACAUUAAUACUCCAACCUCCCUCUUUGUUUCCCUUUAUUUUCCAUAAUUCAUUCUAUAAAACCAGUUUAAUGUUUUCUUCCUAAGGUUGUUCUGUCAGAUCAGAACUCCAUUGAAUUGAAGUUAAUAGAUGGAAGAUUAUGCGAUAAAGACAGUGGCGUUGAGCUCAGUUUCAUGGGCAACGUUGUUUGUGGCGACAACAAAGGUUGCGCCAAAGCGAUCUUUCGAUUUCCAGAGCCGAAUCGUCGCCACUUUCCAUGCAUUAUUGGCAAUAACGUUGGCUUCUCUGUGUGUUCAAGACUGGUCUUGCCCACUCUGCCCCCUGGCCACCAAACCUUCACCCCAGCAGAACCGGGCGAUAGCCAUCACAACCGGCUACAUGAUAUAUGAUUUGAUGUGUUGUGUGUAUCAUCACGAGUUAAAGACGGAGGAUCUGGUGCACCAUUUGGUUACCAUUUUUGGACUGGGAGCUGGACUUGCCUAUCAAAGGUGUGGAUCAGAAAUGGUGGGAGCAUUGUGGGUUUCAGAGAUUUCAGGUCCAUUCCUCCACCUAAGGGACAUUCUCAAAGAGCUUGGUUAUAGGGACACUGCCCUCAAUCUUGCAGUUGAUAUAUGCUUUGCAGUCAUUUUCUCGAUAUCUCGGAUGAUAGGAGGCACUUACCUCACAUAUCUCACAGUCUCGGCUGAAAAUCCAAUCCUCAUCAAGGCGAUGUCUGUCGGGCUGUUGAUUGUCAGUGCGUUCUGGUUCUACAAGAUUGUGAGAAUGGUGAUAUACAAGUUGUCUAAGAAGAGAAAAGCCAAGAGUUUCACCUCGAAGAGCUUGUGAAUUCAGUGCAGAAUGGUAUAAUAAUCCCGCUAUCUUGAUUCACAAAACCAUUGUUGUUAUACCAGUUUGAUCGAAAUAAAAUAGAGUGGUAACUGGUAAUGGUAA